AGGUGAGAGAGAGAGAGACGGGGGGGGGGGGGCCUCCCUGCAGGCUGGGAGUGGUCAGAGCUAUAAAAGUUAACUCGUCUUCCUUCUUUCUGCAUUUGACUUCUCUCCUCCACCUCUUCCACAUACCUGAGACAACACAUGCACACGAUGUCGUGGGAUCUUUACAUUACAAAACUGAUGGCAGCCGAUACCAAUGGAAUUUACCCGGUGAAAGAGGCGGCCAUCUGUGGGUAUGAUGGGUCUAUAUGGGCCAGCACAGAAAAACUGAAAUGCAUUACGCCAGAGGAAAUUAAGAAGCUGAUUGGUGACACGUGUUGUUUCCACCAGUGCGGUCCUCAUGUCGCGGGGAUGAAGUGCAUGAUGAUCAAAGACGAGUACGAUGUUCCUGAAGUUGGCUGCCUGCAGCUGAAGUCCAAAUCAGAAACUGGUGAAAGUUACAACAUCUGUGUCGGCAAGGCCUUACAGUGUGUAAUCAUUGCUCAGGGCACAAAAGAAGCCAGCGGGGGUCAGCUAACUAACAUGGUACACCCCAUCGUGAAGUACCUGAUUGGGUUAAAGUACUAAGACUGCUCUCUGAUGACUUCCUCCCCCUGCGGAUCCACUCCAGGAGACGAUCGCUGUUCUUUAUCUUUUUAAUUCUGCCAUCAGGGAUAAAUAAAGUGUUCAAAGGUGUUUCCCACGUCACACACACCUGUGUGUUCAGAUCGGACCUGACUGCAGUGUUACAGUUAUUAUCUCAACCUGAAAAAUAAAACAUGUUUGAUCUUAAAAACA